GUGAGUCUUUUUUGAAAGUGCAGUGUCAAAGGGAGUCAAAGGGUGUCGCAAAUCUUUGCUCCACAGACAAAACAACGAGGUUUAUAAAUCUGCCUUGAAAGUGCAUCCAUUUAUAUAUUUUGGCACCAGUUAGAGAUGGCAGCAGUUCCCGGACAUGGUGGACGCAUCCAGUGGGAUUUUGUAAAGAGGAAGUAUGUUUGGGUCAAUGAAAAUGAGCCGAAGCCGAAGGAAGGACACGAACAGCCGAAGAAAAAGGUAACGCCUUAUGGAGAGGAUCAAGUGCAAGCCAUGCUGAAAAGGAGGGCAAUGAACCUUCAACUUCAAGGGAGACAAAAUCAGGUGAAACAGCCACCGGUAUUCCAAAUGCCUGGGAAGAAAGGUUGCAAAAAGCCGACCCCAUCAAAAAGGAAGAAGAGCAAGUCUCCAUCUCCUCCAAGAGCAGUAGUGAAACAGCCCCGUGUGGAGGCCAUGGACUGGGAACCAGUCUUAUCACCUUCAGCAGAGGACAGGGAGAACAGGCCUGUGGCUGCUAAUGUCAGGAAGUCAAAGGAUUCAGGAGCUGCUGCAGAGGAGGAGGAUGCACUCUUGCAGUUGAGUUCAGGCCAUCCCACCAUGACUAAGGUCUUGUCCGGCAGGCUACUCUGGCUCCAAGCAGCUCUGACCUUCUGGAAACAGAGCCCAACUGCCCUCGUCUCCUACAUUCUGAGAAUAAACAAUGAUGCCCUCUUAGCUGAUGUCAUCCCAAUCCUCAUCAAGAGCAUCAAGGAUGGGAAUGCCAUUGGGAAACCCAUAUCGAUGGGGGCAUGUCUGGAGCUGCUACCAGCUCUACAGAAGAUGCUUACAAGCAAGUAUGAAGACUACAUCUCUGGGAGUCUGGACUUGAUCCGCACCAUCCUGAAACACUGGUGGAAGGACCUGAAGUCACUGCAGGCUUCCCAGCAAAACCUGAGACUUGGACUCAGGAGCAGGAGUGUCAAUGGGGUGUACACUAGUAUAGUGGCUAUGACUGACACUUUGCAGAAGAUAGCCAAAAGGCCUGGCAAUAUUGGACAGAAGGCUCAGGUUGUUUUGCGGAUUCUCAAGGAUCUGUAAACUGAAGAACUGAAGACUUGGCUGAGGUCUGGGGUGUCCUGACACGUACUGCUGCUGUUUUAUAUUUCUGUGCCAAUUAUAUUUUAAUGUGUUACUAGUUAGAUAAAUCGGCUCAAAGGCAGCUGUUUGUACAUAGUAUUUCAUAUUUUUAAUGAAGUGAUUUGGGGUAUAAAAUAAUGUGAUUCUGCUAUGGAAUUUCUUAAAUUAAAAGAACAAAUCUAGAGAAAAGGUGACAAAGAUUUGUCAUUUGUACAUAUACAUGUAUUGUUACAUACAGGUUUCACAAACUAUGUUAUAUUUACUAUACACACAGUUUAGAUAACACUAUAUAGCUUGAGAAACAAUUGCAGAACAAUUUGUAAGUUUUUAUUUCUUUGAGAUGGGUGAAUCUUAUUACAGAAAAACAAUGUAUUGGCACUGGUGAAUGGGUUUGAUAUUGUAAUCAUGAGUUGUGGUAAGGCCUACAGAUUACAAGGGCAUUCUUUGGCCUUUUGGGGUAUGAAAUUAAGAUAAUAUUUGUGGUGAUUGCAAAGUCCCUUGCUAUAGACAUGUACAUAUGAUAUGCUAAGAGUGUAUUGCAUUUACAAGUUUUAUCCUUUGUGAAUUGAAUAAAAUGAAUGAAAAUUU